AUGUCUUCUUCUCCAACAUACAUGCGCCUCAAGGGGCAGAACCUGGUCUACGCUGUCACCCUCUCCUGCUCUCUUGGUUUCCUGCUGUUUGGCUACGACCUCGGAUUCAUGGGCGGUCUUACAACAUCUUCAGAGUUCCUCAAGACUUUCGGCAACCCCAAUCCAACUCUGCUUGGUUUCCUGGUCUCUUCUUAUGAGCUUGGUGCACUAUUUGGAGCGGUCUUCGUGUUUCUUCUAGGUGAUCGCUACGGUCGUAGACCUAUCAAGUUGGCGGGAGCUGGCGUCAUCUCAACCGGCGCCACCAUCCAGUGCACUUCCUUUGGGGUCGGUCAAUUCCUUGCAGGUCGUAUCAUCGCUGGCUUUGGUCUCGGUAUGAUGACUUCUGUCAUUCCCAUCUGGCUUGCCGAGUGUGCUGCACCAAAGUCUCGUGGACGCAUGAUUGCCAUGCAGUUGUCUAACCUGAUCAUGGGUCUCAUCAUUGCCAAUUGGCUCGACUAUGGCAUGGCUGCAUACCCUUCAAGCAUUCAGUGGCGUUUCCCUUGCGCUUUCCAGAUCGCGUUCUGCAUCUGUGUGGGCUGCCUUGUACCUUUCCUGCCCGAGUCACCUCGUUACCUAGCCAAGACAGGAGAUUUAGGUCUUGCCAUCAACAACCUCGCUGCUUUGCGUGGUAUGCAUCCUGAUGAUCCCGAGUUGCAACAAGAGAUGAAGGAUAUCGAAUACAUCGUCGAGGUCGAGCAGCGAGAAGAAGGAACCUGGAGUGAUGUGUUCAAGGACGGUGGCAUCAGUGGCUCAACUCGCGUUCUCAUCGCCUGUGUCGCAAAUGCGCUUCAGCAACUCACUGGCUCCAACGUCAUGUCCAGUUUCGGGCCUUAUAUCUUCCAGAAGUCCAUCGGUAUGACUCGUCAUCAGGCACUAUUGGUCUCAGGCGGUCUUCAAGUCUUCUUCUUCGUCAGCAGUAUCAUCCCUUGGUUCAUCAUCGACAAAGUCGGUCGACGUCGUUUGUUCCUCUUCGGAUCGACUGGUCUUGGACUUUGCAUGGCAUUGUCAGCUGUCUUUGUUGGAGUCAAGGGAAAUAAAAGUCUUGGUUAUGGUGCAGCUGUCAUGUUGUAUCUCUACCAGACAUGCUUCACCGUUGGUUGGAUGAGCAACAUGUGGGUUUAUCCCUCAGAACUACUGCCCCUCAAGCUUCGUCUUCGUGGAGCUGCACUUUCCGUCGUCUUCCAAUGGCUCGCCACCUUCCUUGUCGUCGAGAUUGUACCACCCAUGAUUAGCAGUAUCGGCUACAAAUCCUACAUCGUCUUUGCGGCCAUCAACGUCGCCACGAUCCCUAUCGUCUACUUCUUCUUCGUUGAGACUUCAAAGUUGCCACUCGAAGCGGUUGAUCUCCUGUUCGCUGACCGCGAUGGCAAACGGCCAAGCAUUCUGCAGGUUGUUCGCGACAGCAAGAACAAGGAGUACAUGGCUGGCAUUGUGAGCCGACUUCACCAAGAGGCGGAGAUCCAAGUUGGAUACAAGAGCGACAUGAAGGAAGAUGUUGUCUUUGCCGAAAAGGUGGACAUCUGA